UCUCAUUCUGUCAAACAGUUUUGCACACGACGGCCACUCUCUGUACAUGCCAUAUGAGAUCGUGGCCUCCUCUGUAACUCCUGUACUUGUGGUAUUUAUACCUCUGAGCAGCAAUGAAGCGAUUGCGUUGCCUCGAUCCCAUUCUCUCCAGCUUACAUGGUAUCAGAUUUUCUUGAUCCUCUCGCUUCUGCACCCAUGGCGAGCGCCGGCUCCUUCUCCGACGAUGACAACGCCACUACCGUCGCCGGCGCUGCUCUCCAGAACCCCUUCGCGUCUCGCCGGCCGGCUGUGCCGGUCAUUGUUGGCUCCGUCCAGCACACCAACAUCCAGCUGCACGUCCGCGAGGUGCUCGAUCUCCACGUCUCCAACUAUUCUUCCUGGCGGAUCAUGUUCAUGAAUGCUUUCCGCAAGUUUGGCGUCUGCGACCACAUCGACGGCUCCGUCAACGCCCACGAUGCCGACGACGAGUGGGUUCAGAUCGAUCAAUACAUCGUAUCCUGGCUCUACACCACUGUGAGCAAGGAGAUCUUCGACCUCGUCCUCGAGCCCGACGACACGGCGGCCUCGCUCUGGAACUCCAUCGGCUCCCUCUUCCUCGACAACAACAUGCAGCGCGCCGUCUACGCCAAGCAGGAGUUCCACUCGCUGUUCCAGGGUGAUUUGACGAUCCUCGAGUACUCCACCCGCCUGAAGACGCUGGCUGACACGCUCCGUGACGUUGGCUACCCCGUCUCGGACAAGGAGCUCCUCGUCAACCUCCUGCGCGGCCUCGGCAAGCCGUUCGCUAACGCCGUCGCCAACCUGACCCUGCCUACUGCAGCGCCGCUCUCCUUCUUGCAGGCUCGGUCGUACCUCAUCCAGGAGGAGCGUCGCAUCAAGCACACUGCCAAGCUGGAGGCGUCCUCGGCAAUGCUUGCCGGCCACUCUCCAUCCAGCUCGUUUGUCCCAGCCAAGGAGAAGGACAACGGCAGCGAUCGUGGCCAGUCCACGAGGAGGAGGCGGGGCGGUGGCCAGCAGCAGCCCCAGGGCGAUGGGCGCAACCGCUCCUCCGGCAGAAACGGCGGCGCGCCCCGCAACUCUACACCGACCGGCGCACCUGCACCACCCUGGUCCGGCUACGUCCACGCCUGGCAGAUGCCGUUCCGCACGCCAGGCACGGGCAUCCUCGGGGCGUGUCCUGGUGCACCUCAGGGCCUGGCGGCAUUCCUUGCACCUGGCGCUGCACCGGUCCCGGCGUCCCCGUUCGGGGCGCCCACGCCGCUCCCGGCGCCCCCUGCGGGCACUGCUUGGGUGAACCCGCAGCUGUACGAGGCGCUACUGAACACGCCGCCCCCCAGCCAGUACCCAGGUGGCGGCGACUGGUACUUCGACACGGGCGCCUCUUCCCACAUGGCGUCCAACCCCGGACUUCCGAACCAAGACAGUGGUGCACCGCUCUGACAGCGCUGGCGACUUGUACCCGCUCCGCUCGUCUUCCUCUGCGCCCCGUCAUCACAGCCUCACGGCCUCUGUAUCCUCGGAUGUUUGGCACCGACGACUUGGCCAUCCCGGGAAAGCUGCCUUUGCCCGUCUAGCAACAUCUCUAGAUUUUCAAUGUAGUAAAUCCGCGUCGCACACCUGUCAUGCCUGCCGUGUCGGCAAGCAUGUGCGGCUACCAUUUUCAUUGUCAUCUUCUAUAGCCAAAUUUCCGUUUGAACUUGUGCAUUGUGAUCUGUGGACCUCUCCUGUACUUAGUCAUAGUGGUUUUUAAUAUUAUCUUGUUGUUCUA